GCUAGCAGCGUUGGUCCUUUUCUUUCUCUACUUUCUAACAUGGAAGCGUCGGCUCUGGAAGCAUUGUUCGGCACCAUUGGGAUUUUACAGGCCAGCAAAUAUAGCCAGGUCGCUGCUGUUGUUCUUUCUCUCUAUGACCAUGCUCUUUCGUUCGAUGAUGAGAUUCGUUUGGUCUGGAACAAGCCUUUCUCCAUCGUGUCCUAUUUAUAUUUUGUGAACCGAUAUCUUGGCGACCUUGUAAUCAUAUUUGACACCAUUCUUUAUGUCAACACGUUCUUUACGGUGGAGCAAUGCCGCGCAUUUCUCCAGAUCUCAAUCUGGGGGCCCUUCGUGGUAGUGUGGUCCACGCAACUGAUCAUGCAACUACGCCUAUACGCUAUGUUCGCGAAGUCGAAGAAGAUUCUCUGCAUCAUCGCUCCGCUGCUACUCGCCGAGAUCAUCGGCAUCAUCGUCGUUCUCGUCCUCUUCAUUCGCAACAUGGAGUACACCAAUGUGCCGAUCCCGGUUCCAGGCCUCGACUACCACAUGUGUGGAGCAGUAGCAAACGAGCGUCUGCUCACAGCGCUAUACGUGCCGCUAUCUUGCUAUGAGCUAAUCAUGUUUGCCCUCGCUAUCGGAGCGCUUGUGAAGAAGUACGGGGCAGGCAGAAAGGGCGGAAUAGGGAGAGGCGCAAGCCUUAAUGCAACAGUCAAUAUGUUGUUGCAGUCCAGCAUCGAAUACUUCUUUGUCUACCUAGUCGCCUGCGCGGUGGCAUUGGGGAUGUAUUUAGGCCUUCCCUCCGCGUACUCCGAGAUUCUCAACUCCUUCCUAACUGUCGCCUCCACCAUCGUGGGAAGCCGUCUCGUCCUCAACUUCCGGGCGUAUAAUUAUCAACCGCAGACGGCCGAUUCACUUCCCUCCGCUCGGGGACCCGUGAGCCUGAGCUCUGGAGAAAGCUCAUCGAACCGUCAGUCUUCUUCUGCGGGAACAUUGCGUCAAGGCGGUGCGUACGGCCUUUCUGUUUCCCAGCCUCUGAAGCCCCCGGUGCACUGGAAUACUUGGGAGCCGAUGUCGCCGCCUCCCGAGUCCUAUAUCGACAUGGAGGAUGUAGAUCUGCCGUCGAGUUCCUAUAAGGCAGGCGAGGAUGUAUGACACUUCAACCUGGGCGUUCUGCGGGUUCUGGAAGCCCAAAGAGUAGCUGAUUCCCCGUUCCUGAGACUUCACGGUAUUGUACUAUUUGUGUAGUUUUACUGCAGCCUACGUCUAGAGGACGUGGGGAUAUAUCAACGUGUAUGUACAGGUACAUACAGGAAAGUAGUAGUGACUGUUGACGCCCCUGCUGAAGGAUACCUAGUUGAGUUGGUCAGAUUAGACUUGGUACGCUAAUCAUGGCGGCGAGAGCUCUUCGGAACAAGCAGCCAAAGUCCGAUCAUUGAUGC